CCGCCGCCCCUUCCCUCCCCUCCUCUCCCGUCGCCGCCUUCUUCUUGGGCGCUUCUGCCACCUCUACACGAUCCAGGCCCUCUGUCCCUGAGAAGAAGUCGUGUUCAGUUUCCUUUGUGGGCCCAGGGCGCAGCCAUGGCGGACGGCGGAGGCGGCGGGGGCACGGGCUCAGUGGGUGGCGGCGGAGCGGGCCAGGCCUCGGCGGGGUCGGCGACAGGCGCGACGGGGGCCGGUGGGAGCGGCGGCCCCAUCAACCCGGCCUCCCUGCCUCCCGGCGACCCACAGCUCAUCGCUCUCAUCGUGGAGCAGCUCAAGAGCCGGGGCUUGUUUGACAGCUUCCGCCGGGACUGCCUGGCGGACGUGGACACCAAGCCAGCUUACCAAAACCUGAGGCAGAAGGUGGAUAAUUUUGUGUCAACACAUCUGGACAAGCAGGAAUGGAAUCCUACAAUGAACAAAAACCAGUUGCGAAAUGGUCUGAGGCAGAGUGUGGUUCAGUCAGGGAUGUUGGAAGCUGGAGUGGACAGAAUCAUUUCUCAAGUGGUGGAUCCCAAACUAAACCACAUCUUCAGACCACAGAUAGAAAGAGCAAUUCACGAGUUCCUGGCGGCCAAGAAGAAAGAAGCCGUGCCAGCGCCCCCUCCAGAGCCUGAGAGCCAGGACCCCCCAGCUCCCUCCCAGGAUGCUUCCUAAGAAUAUGUCUGACACCUUUUGGAAGCUCCAUUGAAUUAACCAUGAAGAAAUGGAUUCAGUUACUUAAGAGGACAACUUCAGAAUGAAGACAGGCUGAGGGCGUCACUGAUUUCAGCAUUCAGCCUUGACUGUGGGGCAGUGUCCAGAUCGAACAGGCAAUAACAGAGUGGACCGUGUGUGCCCCCUCAUUGUGCUGCCGUCUGGUCAGCCUGCCAAAGGGGGUGACACCCAGUAGACACUACAGAGAUAUAAAGAAACACUACGUCAGUCUGGGGUUGUCCUGAAACAAACCUUUAUACUUGAACUUGGAGACUGUGUGGAUUUUAGGGUUUGUGCUCGGGGAUCCCUAGAGGAGCUGUAGCUACAGUGAAGGAACGUAACCAGUUCCAAAGACGCAAUUUCAAAGAAUGACAGUAAAGGUUAGCAUGGAGUAGGAAUUAGUGCUUAUUUGUCAACUAGAAUGUAUAAGCUGUCAGCACCAACUAGCUCGAAAGUUGUCAUGACCCUCUUGUACAUGAAUCUUGUAGCUUCGGUUUCCUUUCCUCUGUAAGAGGUGACAACACAUGGGACCAUAGAAUGUGUGAGGAAGUGCAGACAUCAGGUAGAAGGAAAAACAUCUGCAGGCUGUCUGUCCAGGGCUGCUGCUUAUCCUGCAAGGGCUAGUGAGUCUUGGGUGUGUUUAUUUUAUUCUCACGUUUGCGUUUUUUAGAAAAGUUGAAUGAUCAAUAAAUAGCUUAAGUUUUGUAA